ACUCUCUGCCCUUCCCCUGUAUACCCUCUGCAAGUGUGUCUGUGUGUUUCUUCUGAUGUUUUUCCAUGUUCUUGAAUUUCUUUCUGACUGCAGCUUUCUAACAAGCACUGAUACACUUAUGUGUGUCUCUGCAUUUACAUUACCUACAGUAUGCUGCCUUUCUUCUUUGUUUCUGUCUUGAUGGACAUCAGCUUUCUGGAAAGUAAAAACUUAUUCUUGACUCAAUUUUCCACAUCCCAGAAUUUACAAAAAUAUAAAACAAGAAAGGAAGAAAGCAGAAUAUUCUUUGGGAAGUGACAGGAGGGUUGGAUACUGCUGGAACUAAAUUGGUAAUAGGGGGAAAAGUGGGGGAGAGAGUAGAGUCAAGAGGAGGGAAGAUGAGUGGGAUAGCACCGGCAUCAGUGGUGGGGGUGCGGGUGGCGGCCGGAGGUGUGGAGGUGGGGUAUAGGGCACCAUUCACAGCUGUGCAGUGGCAGGAGCUGGAGCAGCAAGCAAUGAUAUACAAGUACCUGGUAGCUGGCCUGCCCGUCCCACCAGACCUUGUAAUGCCAAUUCGUCGUGGCUUUGAGUCGCUCUCUGCCCGUUUCGGUCACCACCCAUCAUUGGGCUAUGGUUCCUAUUAUGGGAAGAAAUUUGAUCCCGAGCCUGGGAGAUGCCGAAGAACUGAUGGAAAGAAGUGGAGGUGCUCUAAAGACGCACAUACAGACUCCAAAUAUUGCGAGCGGCACAUGCACCGAGGUCGCAACCGUUCAAGAAAGCCUGUGGAAUCUCAUUCUACUUCGCAGUCCUUGUCGGCUGCAAUUUCUCAUGUCUCUACUAGGUGCAGAAGUAACAGUGGAAGUGUCCAAGGUAGCGGCAGUGGGAGCUUUCAACGCAUGCCAUUGUACUCUGUUGUCAGCUCUGGAUUCUCAUCUCAGGGGAGCAAUGUGACUAAGCUACAAACUGAACCUGUCACUUAUGGGAUUGAUGCCAAGGAAUUCAGGUCUAUUCAUGGGCUCCCUCCUGCUCCAAACGAUCAUAGUCCCUAUCUGGAAGCUUCUGGAUGUGUAGGAAGUCUGGGUUUAGGUUCUAGUGCGGGCAGCGGCACAUGGCAGCUGAUGCCUUCUCAAGUUUCUUCAAGCUCCUCAUACAAACUGAAAUCUGAUUCCCAAUUACUCAACCAUUCCUCUGCUCAACAAAGUAUGCCUCGUUUCCAGCCCAUUGAUGCCAAACAUCAGGAGCAGCACUGCUUCUUUGGGAGUGAUGCCGGUUUGUCUGAACCAGUAAAGCAGGAGCAACAUCCAGUGCAUCCUUUCUUCAGUGAAUGGCCUACAACUAAAGAAUCAUGGUCCAAUCUGGACACUGAUGGAUCGAACGAAAAUGCCUUCUCGUCUACUCAGCUCUCCAUGUCAAUUCCUAGGACAUCGUGCUAUUUUUCUUCAAGGAAUGCUUACUCUACAAAUGAUGGUUGAAGGUUGACAGAGAAUAAUAAAGACAAUCAGCCUUUGCUGGUUGGUCAGGGCGGUAAGUCUCUCUCCAGCAUGUACAUGUAAUUAUAUAAGGUCUGUGUACCUUAAUAGUUGUUGAAUUGACGUUCAAUUGUUGUCAUUCUCGAAAGCCUGAAGGUAAAUGCUUGUGUUGUAAAAACAGAUGCUGCUGUGAAUUCAGCAUCUUGAAUAAAUGUUCCCCAUUUCUCCGUC